AUGGCAUUCUUCACGAAAUGGACUUCAGCAAAUGUACAUGUUGUUCUCUGCUUCGACGUCCCUCAGCAUCUACGCGAUGGACUUCGAAACCUUUUAUUGUCGCCGUCAACAACGCUUGACCCGUCUGAUCCUUAUUCGCUUCAUGCGAUCAUCCUUGGAGAAAUCAUCAAAGCCUUCGACGCCUCCGUCUGGUCUAUUCGAGACUUUGUGAGGAUGAUUGAAGUGAAUCGGCACGGCGUUGCCCAACAAGCAGCGAGUUUCCCUCUACUGCAUGACUUCGCGCGGCAUGCCGUUCAUGCCUCGGAAACACUUGACGUUGCAACAGAAACAACAAAAAGUAUCCUUUGCCAACACGAGUGGUUCUGCAAAGUGCCCCCUUCGGACACGAGUUCCAAUGUCUCACGGCGGACAAAUCAAGCACUCCGCUUUGAGGUUCAGACGUUGCGGAACUUAAGUGCACGAUCGAAAGCUAACGAGGCAAGACUGCGCAACGAGAUAGACUUGGCCUUCAACACCAUCACGCAGUAUGACAGCAAGGUCAUGGUAAAGAUGAGCGAAGCAGUACGGAGAGAUAGCGCAGCAAUGAGGACGAUAGCAGUCCUGACAUUGACCUUGUUGCCUGCAACUUUCGUUGCUGUGAGUGAACCAUGGUCGUUCCGCACCAGACACCGACUAAUUUCGGGUUGCCUGGAGGCUUUAUUCAGUACAAGCUUCUUUGACUUCUCUCCAGCUACCAAGACUCAGCAGGAAUCCUGGGUAGUAUCCGAGAAAUUUUGGGGUGUACUGGGCUGUCUUCUUAAUGAUGUCUAA